UCUGUAGAGAGGACGUGUUACAUUCCCGAUAACUGUUACUGACCGAAGUUGACAAGAGAACAAAUUUGGGUUUACUUUACUGUUUGGUGGUUUUAUACUAUCGCUGUGUAUUCAUGAUGGCUGUAUACAUGGCAGGAAAUAACGCCUAAAACAAAUAAGAGUAUUGUUUUAUGUAGAGUGAGAUCGCAAAAUUUUCGGCGCGUGUUGGGGUGAGGGACGUGACGGUCUGGGGAACAGGAAGGAUCAGUACAGUGUUAAGGGCAGCUUGUGAGAGUCCACACUCGCGCAGGACCUUGAUCAUGAGGAGUAGAACAUGGUGUUUCAUGGUGCUUUCCCUGACGGCGAUCGGGGGAGGUUCUAGCGACGCUGCUCCUCCGCCUCAAGGUCAACCUCACCUCGUCCUAAUUGUCGCUGACGACCUGGGCUGGAACGACGUCUCCUGGCACAACCCUCAAGUGCUCACCCCCAAUCUGGAGAAUCUCGCCCGAACAGGGGUCAUCCUCGAACAGUCUUACGUCCAGCCGAUCUGCACGCCGACGAGGUCAGCGCUUCUCACAGGGCGCUACCCUUUCACGCUGGGUAGACAGCAUGGCGUGUUGUGGCCGAAGGAACCCACGGGCCUCACCCUGAAAGCCACCCUCCUUCCAGAGUCCCUGAAGAAAGUGGGUUAUUCCACUCACGCCGUUGGCAAAUGGCAUCUAGGAUUCUGCAGCUGGCGUUACACUCCAACCAGGAGGGGCUUCGACACCUUCUACGGCUACUACACGGGCGCCGAGGACUACUUCCAUCACUUCCGACUUCAGAUGGGCCGGAAGGAAAUGCCAAACUUCGUGAAGUAUCCGUCACAUAAAACGAAGGAAGGCACCAGAUUUGGCUACGACUUCAGGAAUAACACGACACCGGACUUGAGUGUGGAUGGAACUUACUCCACGUACGCCCUCGCAUCCUACGUGGAGAAUCUUCUAGCGUCUCGGAGUCCUAGAGAUCCUAUGUUCCUGUACCUGCCCUUCCAGAGCGUCCACUCCCCCUUGCAGGUCCCUGAGAACUACACGCGUCCUUAUUGGCAUAUCAAGCACAAGGAACGCAGAACAAAGCUCGGUAUGGUGACGGCCAUGGACGAGGCGGUCGGGCGGGUGGUGGCGGCGCUCAAGUCUUCUGGCCACUACAAUAACUCCGUUAUCGUUUUUACGACUGAUAACGGCGGCCCAACUGUGAGCGCCGGAAACAACUGGCCUCUGAGGGGGAACAAGUCAACGCUUUGGGAAGGAGGCACAAGGGGCGCCGCCUUUGUACACUCGCCUCUCCUGCAGACCCCCGGAACUGUCUCCCAUAAACUGAUUCACGUGACGGACUGGUACAAGACCUUCAUGGGACUGGCAGGCGGAGAGGCACCUAAGGACACGGACGGGUUCGACCAGUGGGCUGCGCUCGACGGUCUCUCCAAGUCCCCACGGACACAUAUGAUCUACAACAUCGACAACACCACAACUUUUAGCGCAGGCAUAAGGUUUGGCGACUACAAAUUACUUGUUGGCAACCCGGGACCUGGAGAGUGGACGCCACCCCCUGAAGACACCCAGGAUACAAACUCUACGGUGAACCACUCCCUCUUUCACCCCUCCCCUAACCCCGCUGGAGAUCAUUCGACCGUUCAAGACCUCGUUUCCACACACACGAACCGCACUCACUUAACAGCUUCCAACGCCAGCAGUCUCCUAGAGGGAGCUGUCGCCGUGGAUUCUGAGGAUAAUGGCAUCCUUGGUAUCAUAAAUAACAGUACAAGCAACGACUGGAACCCUCCGCUGAACAAUGGUUUGUCUUUAUCUGAGUAUAACGAUGAGGAAGAGGAGCGAGAUGGGAAGGAAGAGGAAGAGGAAAAGGUGGUGGAGGAUGGGGAUGAGGAUGAGGAUGAGGAUGAGGAGGAGAAGGAGAAGGAGAAG